CGGCUGGAACGCAUGCAGCAGUUGCCACGGCGACGCCACCAAGAGCCGCAGCCUCCUCAUCCUCCCGGCGCUCAUCUCCUCCCGCAUCUAUGUGGUCGACGUGGCGACGGACCCCCGGGCACCGCGCAUUCACAAGAUCGUGGAGCCCACGGAGCUGAUGUGGAAGUGUGGUCUGGCGAACCCUCACACCAGCCACUGCCUGGGCAACGGGCAGAUCAUGAUCGGCUGCAUCGGAGACCCGUCCGGCAAUGGCAAAGGUGGGUUUGCCCUGCUGGACGGGGAGUCCUUCGAGGUACUGGGGAACUGGGAGAAGCCGGGCGACGCCACAGCCUUUGGCUACGACUUCUGGUACCAACCGCGGCACAACGUGAUGAUCAGCACCGAGUGGGGCGCCCCCAAGGCCCUGGCCAACGGCUUCGACAUGCAGCACGUCAAGGAAGGCCUCUACGGGACCAGCAUCCACGUGUGGGACUGGAGCAGCCACGAGAAGCUGCAGAGCAUCGACCUGGGCGUGGAGGGCGCCGUGCCGCUGGAGGUCCGCUUCCUCCACGAGCCCAGCGCCGCCGAGGGCUACGUGGGCUGCGCCCUGGGCUCCACCGUCUACCGCUUCUUCAGGACCGCGAAGGGAGACUGGACCACAGAGCUGGUGAUCAAGGUUCCCAGUAAGAAGGUGGAGGGCUGGGCGAUGCCGGAGAUGCCAAGUCUCAUCACGGACAUCCUCAUCUCCCUGGACGACCGCUACCUGUACUUCAGCAACUGGCUGCACGGAGACAUCCGGCAGUAUGACAUCACCGACAGGAGCAAGCCGCGAUUGGUCGGCCAGGCGUUCCUGGGGGGCAGCAUCCAGAGCGACGGCGCCGUGCGGGUGCUGGAGGACCCCGAGGACCGGGAGCAGCCCCCCCCCUGCGUCAUCAAGGGUAAGCGUGUCCGGGGGGCUCCCCAGAUGCUGCAGCUGAGCCUGGACGGUAGGCGGCUGUACGUCACCACGUCUCUCUACAGCGCCUGGGACAAGCAGUUCUACCCCGACAUGCUCAAGGAGGGCUCUGUGAUGAUGCAGCUGGACGUGGACAACGUCAACGGGGGGAUCGUCCUCAACAAGGACUUCCUGGUGGACUUCGGGAAGGAGCCUCACGGCCCGGUCCUGGCCCACGAGCUGCGCUACCCCGGGGGCGACUGCACCUCCGACAUCUGGCUGUAGGACCCCGACAUCUGGCUGUAGGACCCCCACAUCUGGCUGUAGGACCCCCACAUCUGGCUGGCUGUAGACCCCCACAU